GCUCGCACGAGCGCAUCUUCUUCCUUGUUCCGCGAGCGCUGGCGGUACCAAGCCAGCAUGGCAGAGGAGCUCCCGGAUUCCGAGACCCUGCGGAUCCUGGUGCUCACCGACACCCACGUUGGCUUCAAUGAGAAGGACAAGGUCCGCGGGAAGGACUCCAUGGAGACCUUGGAGGAGGCAUUGCAGAUCGGCAAGUCCAGCAAAGCGGACCUCAUCCUCCAUGGCGGGGACCUUUUCCACGAGAACAAGCCUUCUAGGGGCUGCCUCUACCGCACCAUGGACCUGCUGCGAAAGUACACCCUGGGCUCGGGAGAGGUGGGGGGUGGUCAGCGAUCCCGCCUGCUUUGCGAGCGGCAUCGUGAACUACCAGGACCCGAACCUCAACGUGGAGUGCCCCUUUUUCAUGAUCCACGGGAAUCACGACGACCCUGGCGGGGAGAGCAACCUGUGCGCUGCAAACCUCUUAGAGGUGGCGGGGCUGUGCAACUACUUUGGGCGGCAUGAGGAUCUGGAGGACAUUGUCAUCCGCCCACUGCUGCUCACUAAGGGCAGGUCGCAGGUGGCGAUCUACGGCUUGGGGAACAUCCGGGACGAGCGGCUGCACCGCUGCUUCCAGGGCCGCAAAGUCCGUUUCGAG